AUGCAAUCUCUCCUCUCAUCAAUAUUUACUCCACGUCGGGGUUCUAGCUGUGACAUUCCCAGCAAGGAGGCUGCCGUCAUUCCCACGGGAACAGUGACAGCUUCGAUCGUUGGCGUUGGCGGCGGCGGAGGGAAAAGCACGGACAAUCUGAGAAACCACUCCGCAAGCAGGAUGGGAACCAAACAUGGAAAAUCUCGCACCGUUCCGACGCCGAGCUCGACGAUGACCAGCGGCAUUCAUCAUAAGCGGCCGCAUCAGAAUUCGCCUACGCCGACGGUAACAACCAAGCGACCAUCAUCCCGGCCUGCGAUGGCAGAGGAGGACAUUCCCGAUAGCCUACCGUCCAAGGCCCCGCGGCGACCGACCUCGCGGCCAUCGACGCGGACGAAGGCGGAUUCGAAAGCGAGUGUCGCCCAUCGGCAGUCGGAGACGUCGCAGGCACCAAUAACAACACCCGCAACACCCCAGCCCCCAGCCCCCCGAAUGACAGAUAGGCCGGACGCUGCCCAUGACGAUGGACCCGAGCUGCCGCCCACGACCACAUCGGUGUCGAAGCGACGACGGCCCCUCCAGGAGAUUGGCAAGAACGACCGGGAGAAGGAGAUUGCGUCGGUAGGAAGGAAAGGCAAGGGAACGAGAGCGGAUGUUCAGGCGCAAUCGGGCGCCGACAAAGAGAUGGACACGGCACCGACCGGACUCGCGGCGCAAGUUACGGCAGAGGAGGACGAGGCGGCGGCCGUCUUCUCGUUCAAGACGCUCGUCCACCACCGCUGGUGCGGCAACUCGAUCGAGAUCCUCGUCAAGUGGGUGGCCGGAGACGUCACCUGGGAGAGCGAGGCUUGCCUGCACGAGGACGCGCCCGAAGCACUUUUCGACUACUGGGAGGAGCAGGGCGGACGACCGGAAAAUCCAAACGACGCCGGCCUCUACGACGUGCACCGGAUCCGCUCCCAUAGCGCCGAUCGCAAGAAGCUGCUGGUGGAAUGGGUAGGUUACCACCCGAAGGAAGCAACGUGGGUCACGCGGACGAGCCUGCAGCGGACCGUGCCGGACGUCGUGGCCCAAUACUUUCAGUCCGUCGGACCUUCGAGGCGAUCGGGACGUCCGAGCAAGAAGAAGCGACGCUCGGCCAAGUGA